UUAAGGUUUUGUUGUUAUUUUUCUGUUUAAAUCUGCUAAUUAAAUAUUGUGGACUGUAAAACAAUUUAGGUAAAAAGAUUUUGGUAAUUGUUACAGUGUGGGAAGAACUUACAGUUAAGAGCAAUUUGUGCAUCUCAUCUGGCUUUUUACACAUUAGUCACUGAUGUAACUUAAUAUAGUUGGGUGGAUAUCAUAUUUCUAUCUUAACUAUAACCAGUUACAUUAAAUUAUACCACCAAAAAAUGAAUAUACUCUACAUUGGAAAUUUAAAAAUGUUUUGUUUCUGGAAUUGAAAUAUGCUAUUAAUGACAUGUAUGUUUGCUAAUAUGUUAAAAGGUUUUGUGAGGGGCUACCAAUGGACAAUCUGACAUUAGGAAACAACAUUCUUCUAGUGGAGGGAUUGAAAGUGACACCUCAGUCUUCUUAUCCUGUGUUCAUCCUGCUUCUCUUAGCCUAUGUCUUUGCAAUGGUAUCCAACAUAACACUUAUAAUUCUCAUCUCAACACAGAAGAAUUUGCAGCACCCUAUGCAUUUUCUGUUUUGUAAUCUACCCCUGAAUGAUAUACUAGGAACCACUGUUAUUUUACCACGUUUACUGCGGGAUAUUUUAACAGAAGCCUCUGUGCGAUAUAUUACAUAUGUGGAGUGUGUAAUUCAAGCUUAUUUUGUGCACAUAUUUGUUGCAGCGUGCCACUAUGUGCUAAUAAUAAUGGCAUUUGACAGAUAUGUGGCUAUAUGUAAUCCAUUACGAUAUUCAGCUAUAAUGACAAAUAAAAUGGUGGUUAAACUAUCCGCAUCAGCCUGGGGAUUGGCAGUGCUUAUAGUGUCUAUAAUGUUAGGUCUCACAAUACGCCUCUCUCGCUGCAGGUAUAAAAUUGAAAACCCUUUCUGUGACAAUGCAUCACUGUUUAAACUAUCAUGUGAAGAUGUAUCUGUUAAUAAUGUGUAUGGAAUCAUUUAUACAGCAAUUGUACUCACCCUUUCAAUAUUGUGUAUAGUUGUAACAUAUGGCAGGAUUGCUACUGUAUGCAUUACCAGCAAAAGCAAAGCACUCAACAGCAAAGCCAUAAAAACCUGCAGUACUCAUUUAGCUGUUUAUUUAAUCAUGUUUGUAUGUGGAGCCAUUUUUAUAUUUCUUCAUCGUUUUCCUGAAUACUCUGACAGCAGGAAACUAGCUAGUAUAAUGUUUCACAUUGUACCACCAGGAUUAAAUCCUUUAGUGUAUGGCUUACAAACCAAAGAGAUAAGAGAAAAGAUUGUUAAACUUUGGUGGAGAAAAUAAAGGGAAAUUUUGAUGUCAUGUAUCUU